AUGGAGGAAUCAAUAAUCAUUGAAGCCUUCAGAGUAAGCUUGCAGCAAGACAAUGAGGCCAGAAAACAAGCAGAAAAUUUGCUUGCCUCUUUUAAGACAUCUUCAGGCUUUAUCCAUGCUUGCUUUAAAUUAAUAAAUCAUCUCACUUAACGUCUGGUACCAUAUCGAUUGUCCUACGCUGGGUCUUUCCUUCGAUGAUCUCACCCAUCAGUAUCGAGCUCUGUUGACUUUGAUCUAAAUAUCUCAAUCAAUUCGGCAUCCAGAUUUGACUCCUAUCCUUCCAAUCCCAGGCAAAAUUAGCUUGCGUUUAUCAGAAACUCUAAAAAUCUAGUCUUUACCCUUGGGUUGGAGGCAUACUUCUAGAAAAUUCCAUAUUUCCCCUUGGGAUAGCUGUUAAGCGCUAGGCAUCGCUAUUUUAUUGCCAAGAUAGAUUCGCUUAGUGGAGCCACAUCUUAAAAUACAAAUUGGUAACUGUUCUCUCAAACAGAAAAUUCAAAUGACGUCAUAUUUUGAUUGGCUCUAUCCCUACACUGAUGAAGAUUUCACUGGAGGAACAUCCCAUUGAGAUAAAGCAGCUUGCUGUGAUCUAUCUAAAAAACCUUACAAAAGUGUGGAAAGACUCGAAAAGAGACUUCGAGCUACCUUCAAAUGAUAAAGCCUUUUUGAGGACAAAUAUCAUUGAAUGUCUCAGAUUUUCCAUUCCUGAAAGGAUCCGAUCUCAGUUUGAGGAAAUCGCUAACAAUAUAGCUAAAGCAGAUUUCCCAUGGGACGAAAUCCUUGAACAAAUAGAUGUGGCAUUGGGCUCAGAUAUCGAUCAUAUGUAUGCUGCGUUGUCCAUGAUCCAUCAAAUUGCCAAAGUUUAUGAGUUUGCGAUGGACGAAAAAAGGAAAAAUCUUAAAAUACUAAUUGAUAGAAUUUUUGGGAAAUUAGAUGCUCUGUUAGGGACAUUCCUUACUCCCCCCCAAGAUAGAGACAUUUUUUACUCGGAAAAAUAGGGAAAAUUUCUAUUUUUUGGGUAAACCACCUAGAGACAUUUUUGAAAAUUUUCUUACUCCCCCCCCCCCCUCCGUGAGCGAACAAAACCAUUAGAAAAAUCGCCAUUUUUUGACCAAAAACCCACCCUCCGUGAGUGAACAAAAAAUUUUUUUAAUAGAAAAAAAUUUAAUGGAAAAAAAUUUUGAUAUAUAAGUGAUAAUUAGUAUAAUGAAAUCUAGAGCUAAUUCUGUUUAAUUUUAAACAAAUUGCGUUUUUAAAACAUAAAUUUUGCAAAUUAAAUUAAUAUUUGCUUCCCAAUUUUUGCAAAUUAGGAUUUUUUUAAAUUUCGAAAAAAAAUUUUUUUAUAAAAAUUUAUAUAUAAAUUUUUUUUAAAAAAAAAAAAUUAACCCCCCUCCGUGAGCGAACAAAAUUUUUUUUGUUCGCUCACGGAGGGGGGGGGGGGAGUUAUAUAAAUUUUUUAUAUUGAAAAAUAUUCCAUCAAAAUUAGAAUUAGAAGAUGAGGUAUUGAUGGCAUUUAGAGCUAAAAUUGAAUUUUCAUUAACCUUUCCCUUGAUUAAAUAUAUAAUUUGAAAGCAAUAUUCUUGAAUUUUAUUUAAAUUUAUGUUAUAUAAUUUUUAAAAAAAAUAUAUAUAUAUAACAAUUUUCUUAUAGAUUUUUUUUAAAAAACCCACCUUCCAAUAGAGACAUUUUCGUAAAAUGUCUCUAUCUUGGAGGGGGAGCUAGCGAGACAAGUGAAGACGCGUAUAAGUAUAUAUACCUACUUAUAGAGGAUAUAAGCAUCCCUACUGGUUGCUAUUAUCUUAUAUUAAUAGAGAAAAUAAGAAAACGGCUAACUAGUAGGAAUGUUUUCAUUCAUUAUAAAUAAGGAUAUCUUUAAUACUUCAAAUAUUCUGGGCUUGCUUCUAUAUUGAGCUUCCACAAAGCCAGACCUCAACGAUGCAGCUGGAUUCUUGGCUUCAAAAAUUUAAGAUUAUAUUAGAACUGCCAUUAGGCGAACUGGAAACUCCAUCACAAAGUCCAGAAGACGCUAAGCUAACUUCCUGCUUGAAUGAGAAAAAUAUAUUGCUUGCUCACGAGGUAAUUUGAAAAUUUUAUUUUAGAAUUAAGCUAUAAAACUAGCAAGAGAUUUUAUUAUAAUCAUUAUAUAUUUUAUAAAAAUUUUGCUCGCUCAAAAAGGUUUUUCAAUUGGUUUUGCUUAAUAACGUAGGAGCAUUAAGAGAUGUCAAUCCACGUUGGUCAUGCAAAAAAUGGGCAGCACAAAUAGUGCAUCGGUUUUUCAACAGAUAUUUUAACCUUGCUUAUCUAAAAGACCAUAACCAAAUCAUCGGCCAACACUUUCAGCAUCAAUGGGCUAUCCAGUUAUUUGCCGUAAUUUUGCCAUUACUCUACAAAAGAGCAUCUUGCUACAUCCCAGAUAUCGUCACAAAUUACUUAUUAAAAUACGUAUCUCAAGGAAUAAAAUUCGAAAAUGUUGCAGAACAAAUGAAAACAGCUACAACACCUAAUGGAAAAUUAGUCAUCCCUGCUUUAAUAACUGACAUUAUCAUUCCUGUUGUAUAUAGAACCCGAUCAGAUGAAGAACUCUGGCAAGAAAAUCCAAUUGAAUUUGUAAGGAAAGAAAGUGAUCUUGGAAGAGCUUAUUACUCAGCCAAAAGUUCAGCAAUUGAUCUACUAGUCGUCAUCUGUGAAAAAGGGUAUUUAUCUAUGUUUCUUGAAUACGUCAGCGCAGAACUUCAGUCAUCUCCUCAGCUUUUACACAAGGAGGCAAUUUUGCUUGCCUUAGGCUCAAUUUACCAAAUUCUCAAAGAAAAUAUUGAUUUAGCUCAAAAUAUUCAAAAUAUUUUAAGCGUCUAUGUAUUACCAGAAUUUGAUAACUCAGUUGGCUUUUUAAGAGCCCGCGCCUGCUGGAUGUAUGCACAAUUCGCAUCAUUUCCAUUUACAAAUAGAGAGCAUCAAAGUUUGGCUCUACAAAAAAUUUGCCAAAUGAUGCUAGACCCUGAUCUCCCAGUCAGAACAGAAGCAGCUACAGCUUUACCUCGGCUAUUACUAUGGGAUAUUUCUAAAGAAAAAGUAUCAAGUGAAAUCAAAGAAAUCCUUCAGGUUUAUUUAAAACUUAUGGGCGAAAUUGAUAGUGAAGACGUAGUUGAUGCUUUGGAAGACAUUGUAGGAAGGUUUUCUACUGAAAUAAUUCCUUAUGCCCUUGAAUUUACACAGCAUUUAAUUGCCACUUUCUUUAGAAUGUCAACUAAUGAAGGCGGCCAAGAUGAAGGAGAAAGUGCUAUGGCGGCUGUAUCAAUUUUAAACACAAUUGCAAAAAUUGUUGACUCUUUUGAAGAGAGGCCUCAGGACUUAUUAAAUAUUUCUGUUCUUCUGGUACCAGUUUUUGAGUACUGUUUGAAUGAAAAAGGAUGUGAGUUCUUUGAAGAAGCUGUUCAUUUAUUGACAAGCUUGAUUUAUUAUGCACCUAAAGAUGCUCUGCCACAUCUAUUUCCAUUUGUGAGACUAUUGAGAGCUUCUUUAUUAGGAGAAGGAAAUAUAAAGGCAUAUGCUCUAGAGCACACUUUAGAGGUUUUUUCUCCUAUUGCAAACUUCAUUUCUAAGUAUCCUCAGCUUACACAUGAAAACUUAGCUGUGAUUCUUACAAUGGGUCUUGAUCUCUUAAAAGGUGAAGCCCCAGAAGACCCAGAUUUGAUGACUGGUUGUAAAAUACUUAUUGCUCUCUUAGAAAAUCUUAAGGGCUCCUUAGACCAGUAUAUCCCUGAAAUAAUAAAACAAGUUUCAAACUUAUACAAGCUUCAGGUAAAGAAAAAAGUAAAGGUUUAUGCUUCAGAAGUUAUAUGUAUUGCCCUAUGGAAUAAUACCCUGGUCGCACUUCAAGCUAUAUUAGAACUUAAUAUACUAACUGAUGUAUUUAGAUUUAGCUUUGAAAACCUUGAUCAAUACAAUGACUAUUUACCUAGAAGCUACGCCAUUUUAGGCUUAGCAUCAUUGAUCUCUUCUUGUGAACAUCUGCCUCAAGUAGUUGCUGAAGGAAUGCCAGUUGUGGUUAAAAAAGCAUUAAAAUUGUGGAAAAACUUGGAAGAAGGCGAAGAAGGGAAUGAAGGAGAAGAAGAAGGCAUUGGCCAAACUAUUGCAGUGGACCAUAAUAAAUUUGACGCUGAGUAUCAAAAGUUGUUGGAGAAGCUGAAGACUGUGAAAGAUAUAGAAGAUGAUGAGGAAGAUGAUCCAUUUGAUGGAACUCCUGAAGAUCUUUAUGACUCUCCAUUUGAAACCUUUGGAAUAAAUGAAUACCUUAAAAAUGUUCUGUUGACUUUCUCACAGAGAUGUCCAGCAAUUUAUUCAAAAAUAUACUCAGAGUUGACUGAAGAAGAACUAGCAAUUUUAAACGAAAUUAUUAGUUAA